AUGGCUGCUCAACAAACAACCGCGCCUUCAUCGCCUCGCAAUUCAGAGCUCACGCUCCAGAACCAGGUUGGUUACAACAACGAAAAGUCUGAUCUUGAGGAGGGUACCACUCAGCCUGAGGCGCCUGCGGCUACACCAGCUGGAAGUGGCGCGCCUGAUGGUGGUCUCACGGCCUGGCUUGUUGUUCUUGGCGCAUGGUGUACCUCGUUUUGCAGUUUUGGCUGGAUCAACAGCGUUGGCGCUUUUCAGGAAUACUACCAGAACGAUCUUUUGAAGCAAUACUCGUCGAGUACUAUCGCAUGGAUCCCUUCGCUGCAGAUCUUCUUCAUCAUGGGGAUGGGUCCUAUUAUCGGAAAGCUUUAUGAUAACUAUGGACCGCGAUGGUUGAUUUUUGUCGGAAGUUUCAUGCAUGUCUUUGGUAUCAUGAUGGCGUCCAUUAGUACCGAGUACUACCAGAUUCUUCUGUCUCAGGGUGUAUGCUCUGCCAUCGGUGUCUCAGCCAUCUUCCAGCCAGCUCUAUCGACGAUUCACGGAUGGUUUGACAGCAAGAGAGGAGCUGCCUUUGGCAUCCUUUCAACCGGCUCGAGUAUCGGCGGUGUCAUCUUCCCCAUCAUGGUAACCCGCCUCAUCAAGCAAGUCGGAUUCGGAUGGUCCAUGCGAAUCUGCGCCUUUAUGAUCCUCGGACUUCUCAUCAUCGCAAACCUCACAGUCAGAUCGAUCCACCCUCCCAAACCUCAGAAGGUCAGCCGCGCCCAGUUGGCCAGGCCAUUCCACGAGCCAGAAUUCAUUUUCUGUAUGCUUGGAUUCUUCUUCUUCACCUUCGGAAUCUUUAUUCCUAUCGACUACCUGCCCGUUCAGGCCCUCCACGCUGGCGUGGACCCCAACCUUGUUCAGUAUUUGAUUCCCAUCCUCAACGCAGCCAGUCUUUUUGGCCGGGUUAGUUCAGGAAUUCUUGGUGAUAAGAUGGGCCGCUACAACAUCUUUAUUAUUGUCGGUUUCCUUUCUGGCCUCUGGAUCCUUGCCCUUUGGAUCCCCUGCAACUCGCAGAACGGCAUCAUUGCCUUUGCAGCCUUGUUUGGUUUCUGCUCUGGCGCAUACGUCUCUCUGAUUGCACCACUCGUUGCUCAGAUCUCCCCUCUUCCAGAAAUUGGAUUCCGUAGCGGCAUUGUUUUCUUCGUCUCCUCGAUCGGUGGACUCACCACCAACCCUAUCAACGGCGCCAUCCUCGAGAAGCCAACUGGCUGGCUUGGAGUCAAGGUUUUUGCUGGUGUCUUCUGCAUGGCUGGCACUAUGUUCAUCCUUGCUGCAAGAAUCCACCGUGUUGGAUGGAAGAUCACGGCUACCUUUUAA